AUGUGCGGUGUUGAUGAUGACCGCUACAAGUUGGAGCGCCAGCUGCUAGCCGUCCAGUGCAAGCUGACCGGUGCCAAGGUGAAGAGCGAAACCAACCAGUAUGUCAAGAGGUGGAUGAAGGACUUCAGGACCGUCACCUAUGAGGCCGACGACGUCCUCGACGACUUCCAGUAUGAGGCGCUGCACUGCCAAGCCCAGAUCGGCGUGUCCAGGACACACAAGGUACUCAGCCACUUCACGUCACACAGCCCGCUACUCUUCCGUCUUACUAUGAGCAGGAAGCUGAGAAACGUCCUCGAGAAGAUCAAUGAACUUGUCACAGAGAUGAACACUUUUGGCCUGCUGAACAGUGUGGAGCCGCCGCAGGUUCUUUGCCAGCAGACACACUCAGCGCUGGAUGAAUAUGCGAAGAUCUUUGGAAGGGAUGAUGACAAGGAGGUGGUGGUGAAACUUUUGCUCGACAAGCAAGAUAAUCAGAAGUUGCAGGUGCUGCCAAUCUUUGGGAUGGGAGCUUUGGGCAAGACGACUCUUGCCAAGAUGGUGUACAACGACCACAGGGUCCAGCACCAUUUUCAUUUGAGCAUGUGGCGCUGUGUCUCUGAAAACUUUGGAGCCACUACUCUUGUGAGAUCAGUCAUUGAAUUGGCUACCAAGGUAACAUGCAACUUGCCAGACAACCUCGAGAUAUUGCGGGGGCGACUUCAGGAAGUCAUUGGGCAGAAAAGGUAUCUCCUUGUUCUUGAUGACAUAUGGAAUGAAGAGGAGAGGAAGUGGGAAGACGAUCUGAAGCCACUGCUCUGUUCUGUUGGUGGGCCAGGAAGUGUUGUAGUUGUCACAUGUCGAAACCAGCAAGUGGCGUCCAUAAUGGGCACGCUAGGACCUCAUAAGCUAGCAUGUCUAAGCGAAGAGGAUUCAUGGGAACUGUUCUCGAAGAAAUCUUUUAGUAAUGGUGUAGAGGAGCGAGCAGAGUUGGUCGCCAUUGUCAAACAUAUUGUCAAGAAAUGCAGGGGGCUCCCUCUUGCUCUGAAGACGAUGGGUGGCCUGAUGAGUUCCAAACAACUAGUGCAGGAAUGGGAGGCCAUAGAAGAAAGCAGUUUUGGGGAUAGUUUAAGAGGCAAAGAUGAGAUCCUAUCCAUACUGAAAUUGAGCUACCGACACUUGACAUCCGAAAUGAAGCAAUGUUUUGCCUUCUGUCCGCUCUUUCACAAGGACUUUGAGAUGGAAAAGGACAUAUUGAUCUAGCUAUGGAUAGCAAAUGGUUUUAUUCAAGAAGAAGGCACAGUGGAUUUGACACAGAAGGGAGAAUCCAUUUUCUGUGAUUUGGUUUGGAGAUCCUUCCUCCAAGAUGUGAAGACAAAGAAACUUUAUUCCAUUGGCACAAGAUAUGAGGCAGUUGGAUGUAAAAUGCAUGAUUUAAUGCAUGACCUAGCGAAAGAUGUCACGGACGAAUGUGCGACUAUAGAAGAGCUGGUUCAGCAAAAGGCAAUGAUAAAAGAUGUUCGUCACAUGACAACUGUAUAUGUAUGGUCUGAACAGGAGCAUAAUAGUAGUGUGUUGAAAGACACCGUCUCUCUCUGCACUUUCUUUGAGCCAUUAAUACUACCCAAGAAUCUUAAGGAGUCAGGACUGGAAUCGUUAAGA